AUAGCUGGUGGCAGCAGGGACAGGACAGGGGGAGAGAGAGGGGCUUUUUCUCUGUGGCCAUGGAGGAUCUCCGGCUCCUCAUCCAGACUCACACACAGAAAUAAUUCCAUUUCACUGCAUCAACAAGUAAUUGGCUCCACGUGAACGCAACAGGGUUUAAUCUAUUCUAGAGACGAGCUGUGUUUAGAGUCGACAGUCCAUGAAGAAUCCAACGCUGGAAGAAUCUGGAUAAAAAUAAAUUGCGCCUUCAUGGACACAAACCCCAGCCCAGAGGAAGACACCGCCACAGCCUGAGCCCCGAGGACACCUCCGGUCCGUGUUCAUGUCAGGUGGAGGUGAGGUCACACCGACGGAGCUCCAAUCUUCAUCCAGGUAACACAGCGGGACGCAGCUUUACUUUCUGACCCGUGCGUAAUUGCGCCGCGGCGGAGGCAUGAGCGGGGGUCGCUUCGAGUUCGACGACGGUGGAGCUUACUGCGGAGGCUGGGAGGGGGGGAAGGCCCACGGCCACGGUAUCUGCACCGGACCCAAGGGCCAGGGGGAGUUCUCCGGCUCCUGGAACUACGGCUUCGAGGUGGUGGGGGUCUACACCUGGCCCAGUGGGAACACCUACGAGGGGUACUGGUCGCAGGGGAAGCGUCAUGGUCUGGGAGUGGAAACCAAAGGACACUGGAUUUACAAAGGGGAAUGGACUCAUGGCUUCAAGGGGAGAUAUGGCAUCAGGCUCAGUGUGGGCAGCGGAGCCAAGUAUGAGGGAACGUGGAAUAAUGGACUUCAGGAUGGAUACGGAACAGAAACAUACGCUGAUGGAGGUACCUUCCAGGGUCAGUUCACUGGUGGGAUGCGGCACGGCUACGGUGUCCGUCAGAGCGUCCCCUACGGAAUGGCUGCAGUUGUCCGCUCCCCGCUUCGUACCUCUUUGACCUCCCUUCGCAGCGAGCACAGCAACGGCACCGUCUUGCAACAAGACAUCCCCAUCAUCACCACCACCAAUGCCUCAGGUGAGGAGACCCCUGUCGCCACGCCGACCCAGCUGGGACCAUCCCGCGGAGGCUUCGCCCUCACUCUCCAGGUGGACCCGGAGGCGAUGAAACCCAAGAAGAAGGGCCUGUUUCGCAGGGGUUCUCUUCUGGGUAAGCUGAAGAAGUCCGACUCCAGCACCUCGCUAUCCAGCCAGAAGAGCAAGAUCAGCUUCCUGAGGACGGAAUCCGCCCUCAGCUCCAACGCCAGCGACACCAACUCCACCAUCAGCAUCGGGGACGAGAGCCUGGCCGGAGCCGAGGAUUUCCCCCCUGUGGAGGCCGACAUCGACGCCACCACCACAGAGGUCUACAUGGGCGAGUGGAAGAACGACAAGCGCUCGGGAUAUGGAAUAAGCGAAAGGUCCAGCGGGCUGAAGUAUGAGGGCGAGUGGCUGAACAACCAGAGACACGGCUACGGAUGCACCACCUUCGCAGAGGGAGGGAAAGAGGAGGGCAAGUACAUGAACAACAUGCUGGUGAAAGCCAUGAAGAAGAGGGUGAUCCAGCUGAAGGGAACCAAGAUCAAGCAGAAGGUGGAGCGGGCGGUGGAGGGAGCGCAGCGGGCGGCUGCCAUCGGCAAGCAGAAGGCCGAGAUCGCCGCUUCCAGGUAA